CGACCGACCGGGGAAGAGUUUCGUCGUGGCCAGAUCAUGCAGAACCUUUCUCGCCCACACAACCCUUGCUGAAUUCUAGGAAAUGUCGUACAGAUCCCUUUAGACUUCGUUCCCAAUGGCUGAAGUACGCGAACAUCAUGCCGAAGACGACCGUUUCAACACAGUGGGAGGUCGGGACGAAAAUCCCAAUCCCCCAACUGAAACAGCGGUCAACACCGCCGAACACCGUCGCGAGAGCCAUAGCGACGACGACAGCGACCGCGAUGCAUUCGAACUGCGCAACGUUUCGACGCAAGACGUAGACGAGGCCGGCUUUUCCACCGAUUCGAUCUCCUCCGGCGAAUACCGCGUCAGGACGCUCCGAACGGUCUCCCAGGCCACCACUCAGACUCAGCGCAGUCGGGAGUCACGCAAGGGGGCCUGGGGGCGUCUCGAACGCUUCUGGACGCGAAACGUGGUGCUGACCGUGCCACAACGGAGUAAUCGGGACCAUUUCGCAUUGGAACGAACUUUCUUGGCAUACAUCCGCACCUCCGUCAUGGUCGCCAUGCAGGGCGUGCUGAUCGCGCAAUUGUUCCGCCUCCAGCACAUGGCCUCCCCAGAUCUGGCGCUGGGGUUCUACGAGGUGGGCGUGCCGCUCUCCGUGACCUGCUACGGGGCGGCCAUUAUCAUCGCCUCGCUGGGCGCGUACCGCUUCUGGAAGCAGCAGAAUAUGGUGGCCUUGGGCACGGUUUACGCGGGGGGCUGGGAGCUGAAUCUGAUCGGGAUACUGAUCGGCUUGAUCAUCCUGACGACUUUUAUUGUAUCGAUCGUUAUUACGGUGCAGCUGGACAACCUCAAUGACUGAUGUUUGACGUUGUCUCUGCUGGCAGGUCGCUUUCAUGAUCACAAGCGUCUGCGCCAUAUUCACGACUUUCUGUUCUAUAGCCACAAUAAAGGUGUUUGUUAUUGUUGAUAAUUUGGGCACAAGACGUCGGAUCCUAGCAAAGAAUACGGAUGCUCGGAUUGAUCAAUAUACCUGGUUUCCGGAUUGUGUAAGAUCUUUUGAAGAGUCGUG